AAGCGGCACGCCAUAUUGUUUUUAAACCACCACAAAUUGAUAUUCUUAACUGUGUUUUUAAUUUACUUAUUAUGAGUUAAAGUAUAAAAAAUGGAAGUAGAUAUAUUAAGAGAUAACGAAGAUUUAAAACUGGAAUUCGAAACGCUGAACACAAUUUGCCGCUGUUGUUUAUCUAAAAACAGAAAUGGGAACAAUAUAAAAUCGUAUACUGGACUAUUUCAGGAUUUAUCUGGAAUAACUGUAACAGAAUCAGAUGGCUUACCACAAUGGUUGUGCUGGGAGUGCAUAGCGUUGCUGCAAAAAGCUGUUAGAUUUAAACAAAAGUUGCAGAGAUCUCACGUGUUAUUGUACGAAUAUGUAACAAGAUGUGCACCGUUCCCCAUAGAUGGACAGGAUCCUGAACUAACAAAGUACGAGAGUCCACAGCUCUGCGCUUCAACAACAUUAGUUUUUGAUAAUGUUGGUAGAAGUAAAAAUGGAUUCCAUAGAGUACUAGAGCAUGAAAAGCAGAUAAUAAACCAAAUAGAUACGAUUCUUGAUGACGCAAUCAUUGUAGAAAAAUUUGAAAACAAUAUUAAAGAAGAAAAUGAUUUUUCCGAUUUUGAAGAUAAUUUACCAUUAGAGGAAUACAGAUCAAAUGUUACAAAAGACAAAGAUUUAAGUGGUAUCUAUGAAGAAACUACAAACUCCACAAACAAGAAGAGAAAAAGAACGAAAAAUAAAGAAGACAAAGUGAGAAAGAAGAAGAAAGUAACAGAAGUAGCAGAAGUGAAAGUAGAGCAAGAAGAAUCUCGUAAGACGUCAAUAAGAAAGUCUCUAGAAUUAGAUCCUAAUAAAAUAAAAGUAAUUAUAUUGAAUCCGGAAGAACAAAUUAAAAUGAAAGAGGAAGAAAGUAAAACUUCAGCCAAGUUUCCAUUUCAAUGCCAUCUAUGCUUCAAAGGUUUCAACUUCGAGAGCAAGUUGCAGAACCACAUGUUCAAACAUAGCCCCAUUGUUCGUUGUUUUUUCAGCACACAACAUGAAGGUAUAGUUAAGCAAUACACGUGCAGCCAGUGCGGUAAAGUUAGCAAUAACAAGAAAACCCACCAAAGUCAUAUACGUAACCACCAUUCUUCGGACAGACCGCGCUGCGACCAGUGCGGGAAGAGCUUCGUUAACAAGGACUCCCUCAUAGAGCAUAUGCAGAUACACGAUGGUGUCAAGAACUACGUGUGCGGGGAGUGCGGCGCCAGAUUCCGGACGAGAACUCAGAUGAAAGAUCAUAUGAGGAAACAUUCUAAUGAUAGGGAGUUUUAUUGCGUUGAAUGUGAUACAAGGUUCAAAUCUCCAAGCAGUUUGAAACAGCAUUUGUUGAAAAGUAGAAAACACGUCGAUCUUCAAAGUUUAAAAUACGCGUGCGUCUGCUGCGACAAGCGUUUCCCGACGGAGCGCGCGUUACUUCAUCACUCUAUUACUAUUGUUUUCCUUGUCACACUCAUACAACAAACAGAGAUAGCAUGCGACGCUAUGACGUCACCUCAUAAUAGAUACGCGUGCGUCUGCUGCGACAAACGGUUCCCGACGGAGCGCGCUUUACUUUAUCACUCUACUACUAUUGUUUUCCUUGUCACACUCGUGCAACAAACAGAGAUAGCAUGUAACGCUGUGACGUCACGUACAAGAAGCUUUGUUACGGCACCACAACGACUAUUGCUAUCCUUGUCAUCCUCAUACAACAAACAGAGAUAUUUUAAGGUUGACUCGGUUGCAAAUUGUUUUUCAAUUAUUAGUAAUGUUUUUAUACAGGGUAAGAGUGUGUUAUUGAACCACGUACGCACACAUACUGGGGAGAAACCGUACUCGUGUACGGAAUGCGGGCGUCGCUUCACGCAGCGCACGGCGAUGCGCACACACACACGACUGGUACAUCUCAAAGUACGUCGUAAUGCUAAGAUAAAACCAGAACCAGAACAAACAGAAGAUGUACAACUAAAGAUAGUGGAAACGUACCCUAAGAAAGAAAACCAACAGAAGUUAAUGGAAACGGUCGCUAAGCAAGAGAAUAUAGUGUUCGGGGAAUGGCAGGGACCUGUUAAUUCUGAGGUCUACUUCCAUGUUACAGCUGGACCCUGACCUUAAGACAGAGAUUACUCUUCAGCAGUUUUCUCUUCUUGCAGGAAAAAGCGGUUUUGCUAAAGAAGAAUGUAAGAAAGGAGUUUCUAUCACAAUGUACCAACAUUUUAUUAAAAUAUUAAUUUUAUUCUCUUUAAUAAACAAGGCCAUAUUAUUUUAA